AGAGAAUAUUGUUUCCUGUUGAGUGAUUUACUCUCUUCCAUUCUUUACGUGCCUCUGCGUUGUGUCUCUUCCCUUCUGUCGAGUUUUUUUUCCCCUACAAUACGUUUUCUCUUUCGGGGUUUGUGUGUGUGUAUUUGUCUUUUGAUAGUUGUGCUUUGCGGCACGAUUUGUGGUCCUGAAGCCUGAGCAAACACCUCUAGCGUUCCUCUUCCUCUUCACCCGUGCCCGCGUACAUCUUUCGAACAGCACGCUUCACCUCGUCGGGGGAGAGGACAAGUCUGUAAGCAUAUUCGCUGGUUUAAUUCGUCGACUUAACCACUCGUUUCCUCCUUUAUAUAUAUAGUAUUCAACUGUCUUCUUUGCUGCCUUGCUUUUCUUUCUGCCUGGUGUUUGCGAUUCUCUACCCAUCGCGUUCCGCUUCUUUUGUUCCUUUUGCUGUUUUUCUUUUUGUUUCUCUUGAUUUACUUGUGUUGUCGCGAUGUCCGUGGAUUUCACCAGCAAAGGCGUCGAGCUGUUCAAGAAGGCGGCGGCGCUCGAUGAGAGCAAGGAGUAUGAGGAGGCGUACCGCUGGUACAUGGAGACGAUCGACGUGUUUCUCACUGCGAUCAAGUACGAAAACAAAAACCCCACGAAGCGAGAGUAUUUGAAACGUAAAGUGUCGGACAUCAUCGCACGCGCAGAGAAGAUCAAGGAGUACUUGGACAACUCCCGUGAUCAGGACGCCGGCAAUCAACCAGGCGCUAACGCCACCGCCCAGAAGACCGCCUCCGCGAGCAAGAAGGCGAAGGAGGACGACGAGGAUAAACAGCGCAUGCGCAACAACCUCGACGGCGCCAUCGUCCGAGUGAAGCCGGAUGUGAAGUGGGAUCAAAUAGCCGGUCUGGAGGCCGCCAAGCAGGCGCUGAAGGAGUCCGUCAUUUUGCCCAUGAAGUUUCCACAGCUUUUCACCGGCAAGCGAAAGCCGUGGCGCGGCAUCCUGCUCUACGGCCCUCCUGGUACGGGUAAGUCGUACCUCGCCAAGGCCGUUGCGACGGAGGCGGAUGGCACCUUCCUCAGCGUCAGCAGCUCCGACCUGCUCUCGCGCUGGCUGGGCGACUCCGAGAAACUCGUCCGCAGCCUCUUCGAGAUGGCGCGCGAGGCUUACAAGACAGAAGGCAAGCCCUCCAUCAUCUUCGUGGACGAGAUCGACUCCCUCGUGUCGGCGCGCUCCGACAGCGAAAACGACGCGUCGCGUCGUGUCAAGACGGAGUUCCUCGUGCAGAUGCAAGGCGUGGGCCACGAUGACGAGGGGGUCCUCGUGCUCGCCGCGACGAACAUUCCGUGGUGCCUCGACAGCGCCAUUCGUCGCCGCUUUGAGCGCCGAAUUUAUAUCCCGCUACCGGAGCUGCCGGCGCGUGUGCAGAUGUUUAAAAUUCACAUGGGCGAUACCCCCAACACCCUCGUCGACGACGAUUGGCUGGAUCUGGCGAAGCGGACAGAGUGGUACUCGGGCAGCGAUAUCGAGAACGUGGUGCGCAACGCGCUGAUGGAAUGCGUGCGCACGUUGCAGGUGGCGACGCACUUUAAGCGGGUACCGGGCCCCAACCCACACGACCCAACGCGUACGGUGAACAACCGCCUCGUGCCGUGCUCGCCCGGCGACCCCGACGCCUUUCCGAUGUCCGCGGUGGAGAUCCCAGAGCCGGAGCUGCUGAUGCCGAUGCCGGUGACGAAGGAGGAUUUUAUUAAAGCGCUGCGCACCAGCAAGCCGUCGGUGAACCAGGACGACAUUGACCAGCACGUCAAGUUCACAGCUGAUUUUGGCCAGGAGGGCUAA